AUGUCCUGCUACGAUCUGUGCCGUCCCUGUGGGCCAACCCCACUGGCCAACAGCUGCAACGAGCCCUGUGUCAGGCAGUGCCAGGACUCCAGGGUCAUCAUUGAACCAUCUCCCGUGGUGGUGACCCUUCCCGGACCCAUCCUCAGCUCCUUCCCCCAGAACACCGCCGUGGGAUCCUCAGCAUCUGCUGCUGUUGGCAGCAUCCUGAGUGAGGCAGGAGUGCCCAUCAACUCUGGGGGCUUCAGCCUCUCUGGCCUUGGUGGCCGCUACUGCGGCAGAAGGAGCCUGCCCUGCUAA